UCAGCUCCGGGGCGGUGCCGGAAAAGGACGUUUGUUGUGGUCGGAGCCGCCAUGGUCUGCGAGAAGUGUGAGAAGAAGCUCGGUACUGUAAUCACUCCUGAUACGUGGAAAGAUGGCGCAAGAAACACUACAGAAAGUGGUGGCCGCAAGUUAAAUGAAAACAAGGCAUUGACCUCAAAGAAGGCAAGGUUUGAUCCUUAUGGAAAGAACAAAUUUGCAAUAUGUCGGAUUUGUAAGAGUUCUGUCCAUCAGCCAGGGUCUCACUAUUGUCAAGGAUGUGCCUACAAAAAAGGCAUCUGCUCAAUGUGUGGCAAGAAGGUCUUGGAUACAAAGAACUACAAGCAAACUUCUGUCUAAUUAUAUUGACUAGUCUUCUUAAGAACUUCAGCUUUGUGGCUUUGUACAGUAACUUUUCUCUAAAGUCAUUGUGAAUAUUACUCUCUGGAACAUAGUACAUAUGCUGGGAGUGAGAUGAGAGGCAAAGACAGCCUGAUGCCUUUGCCUGAAAUGUACAUAAUAAUUGUUUUUUUUUUUUUAAUUUAGCACUGUGUUAACUGAUAUUUACAGGUAAUGAUUUUCAGCAACUGAUACAGUUCAAAGUAAAUGAGAAGAUCCCAGUGGACAGAUUGGAACUAUGUUACCAUCGUAACACAGAUCUUUGAGAUUAACACUUUUAUUCUUUUGUGAUAUCUUGAGUCUUCUGCUUGUCUGAUGGUAAUAUUUUAUAGAUGUAUAAAAUGAGCUUGUGUCACCUCAUUAAAAUAAAAUCUUUGCUUAGUUAUUUGCUUAUAAGUAUUUGUACUCUCCCUAAACUAUUAUGUUGUCCUUACUAAGUAUCACUCUUCAGGUUUUAAUGCAUUGACCUGUCAAAUUCUGUUUCCACCUUACAGUGGGGUUGGUUAAGUCAUGAACUGUUAAACUACUGAAAUCUAGUGUGUUGGUUUGCCAGUUCUUGUUUCGGCAGUAAGACUGCCUCUAAGGAGGCUUUACAUACAGCAUCUGGGGCACAAGGCGAUGAAGUCUUCAGCAUGAGUUUCUAAUGCCAGGUCUAGUCUUGUCCUUUUCUAAAUUAGUCUGGCUUUUAAAUACUUGGUUGGAACUUGGUAAUUGAGUUCUGUGAUGUAAUUGCUUUUAUAUACAUGUCAAAAUUGAAAGAUAAAACAGUCUGCCUUCUCUUCUUUCUCAGCAUUGACUGGAUACAAGAAGUAAGCCUCUCGAAACAGGAGAGGCUGAGUGUGGCUCUGCAUUUCUUUGGUCAGAAAGCAAUUUCUGUUAUGGAGAGUAGUAAGUGUUCACUCUGCAUACAUUUUAAAGGAAAAAUAAUACCGUAAUUCACAAAGGAGAUUAACAAGACUUAUUUAAGUGUUUACUUCUCCCAUCAAUCUCCUCUUGGCAAUAUCUUACACUUGAGCAACUUUCAACUGUAACAGAAAAACUAUAAAUGGGAAUGAAUAUGAAUAGAUACCAUGUUUUAGGUUUCCUUUUCUUCUCAUAUCUAUUACUGAAACAACUGCUUGACUAAUGGAGACUGUUCUUACUAUGUGUUAGUGGGAGAAAAUAAAAAAUACUGGGAAUACAGUUAGUCUCUUUACUCUUAGCUCCUGCUAUGCUGGGGUUGUGCUGUAAGUAGCUCUGUAAAGGGGGUUGUCUAACAUUUCCCAUCACCCUUAACUAUCCAGUUUUGAGCGUUUGUUACCAAAGGUUCUUGUUCCAAAUGUGUUGACAUCUGGCAGUUGCUAAAAUGAUCACUCAUUUCAGCAGUUUAUAUGUACUAGAAGCUUUAUCAGGUUAGUGGAAUGAGCUGGGUUCCGAAAAAGAAGAAAGGAAUGCUGCUGCUUUUCAUUUUAAAAACUUCACCUACCAUAACAAUUGAAUGGAGAUAUGUGGAUUAGCUAGGUAGUGAUAGCUGGCAACCUACAAAGUUAUUUCCACAGAGAGGUGGCCACUUGUUUCCAAUCACAUCAAGGAAUUAUGUUAUUAGUGUACAUCUGUAUGGCACAUCCUUUGUAUGGAUAAAAGAAAAUGUCUAUAACUGGCAUCAGGUUUUGUACCAAGUGUUUUCAGCAGAGUGUGUGGUGAUUUCAAGUGGCAGAUUGUCUGAUACUCUCUGAACUCUUCACCUUUAUGGAUGUGUUCUUUAAGGUUGAUCUUUGCUAUUCUGUGAAUAAAACUUCUUUUCUUGUCUUCCUAAAACUUGAUACUAUGUCUAUUUCAAAAGCAUUAGUUUGUAAUUUUUGAAUACAUGGUUUUGAAUUCAGUCUUUAUUGCAUUCUGUAAAUAUUGGCACUGAAUGAACUAUUACCUCAUUUUGUAAUUACUUAAAUCGCCAUUGUUCUUAGAUCAAUAUGAUCCUGUGUUCAUAAUUACUUUAUGAAUAGAGCUUUUAUGCACCUGUAUCCUAUUACUGGGUAACUGCUUUUGUGUAUUAGAAUGUUAUUUUUGUGGGAAAAGGAUGACAGGUUUGUUUUUGUUUAGGGUGUUUUUUAAUAGUUGAUACAAACAGUGGUUUGAUGUUCUAGUGGUUUGUA